UCCGUUCUAAAACCUCACGUCUCCCUUCUUUUCUCUCUCUAAACCUGCCGCCGCCAGGGACGCCUCCAGUCUCCGGUCCACCAUCUUCAUCUCUCUCGCGAUUCCACAUGCGAUUUCAAGGCUCAACGCCUUGGCCGACUCGCCUCCUUCGUCUCUGACCGAAACGAAUCCCUAACCUUCUUACGAGCUUCACUCUCAUAGGGUUCCCAUUACAUUUACAGCCAAACUCAGAAACACAAACAACAAGGGUUCCCCUUACAUUUACAGCAGCAGCAGCUAUUCUUCUCCGGUUUCGCUGCUCUCGUCUAAGAAUCUGGGUAGAGUUCUGCUGAGUUUCAAAGAAACCCCCGAGGAAGUAACGUCACCUUCGAUUGCUCUCAUUCUGGUCCUGCGUUCCUGAGUUUUAAAAGUGACUGAGAAUCAUAAUGGCGUAUUAUAAAGGUCGUGAUUUCAUGUUCUGCGACUUGUGUGGAAUGAUGCUAUCUCUCACUUCGACUAAGUAUGCCGAAUGUCCCUUGUGCAAGCAUAGGCGAAAUGCAAAAGAUAUUGCUGGAAGAGAAAUAUCUUACACAGUCACUGCUGAGGAUAUAAGAAGAGAGCUAGGCAUAAUAACGAUUGGUGAAGAAAAAGUGGAAUUGUCAAAGAUUAAAAAGAAAUGUGAAAAAUGCGGACACGAUGAAGCUUCAUAUUAUACUAGACAGAUGAGAUCAGCCGAUGAAGGGCAAACUACUUUUUACACAUGUACCAAAUGCCUGCAUCAGUUUCAGGACAAUUGACUCACAUUUGUGAGGCAGGAGGGUUUAUUGUUCUACAAGACACAAAGGCAAAAUUUUUGUAUCACAGGAGAUGUAUACACUAUCACGCCUUUGUUUUUUUUUUUUUUUU